UCACUUGCCUAUAUCUUGUUAAGUGUGUAACUUUUUCGAAAUGGAUGUUGAAACAACAAUAAAUUCUCUUGUGCAAAGACUUGGUCACAUUAGUAUCGAAAGUAAAACAGAAAUUCUAAAUGAGCUGAAAACAGCAAUUGCAACACUUCCUUCUAAUGAUUUAAAACGGAUUGUUACCAGCAUUUCAAUUACAAGUAUUUUUAACUGUUUAAACACGCAAGACAAAUCACAACAGCAGAUAUGUGGUGAGAUAUUGGACAAAAUGCUGACCAAUUUAACUGUCCCUGCAGUCCUUGAAAACUUUCAUUCUCAACUUUUAACUUGGCUACACUUACCAGAUGAAACUCUCAAAGCUUUGUGCCUGCACCAGCUUUCAAGACUUAGUAAAGAACAGCCAUCUGAGUUCAGUCAUUAUAAAGAGCUUGUAGAAGCCAUUGUGGAUGAGGUUGGAGCAGACAGUCUGAAUAUUGGCCCAGCGGCAACGUCGAUUCUAAUUCAAAUAGGACAAGAUUCAAAUGGCUUGCUAUUGCUUUACAGUGAAACAAUACUGAAUAAGUUUGCUUUUGUCAUGAGAAAAAAUGAUGUCACAAGAUUUAGAAUUUAUCAGAUAGUUAUUGAUCUCAGCAAAGCUUAUCCAUCUGCAUUGGAAGCUUCAGUGGCUACAGGUCUCAUUCAGCAGAUUGUUAAUGAGGUACAGUCAGAAGACAUACUUGUGCAGCUAAAUGCCAUUGAGAUGGUGUCAGACUUGGCACUGAGUCCACAUGGACUCAUCUUUCUUGAUCAACAGGGCGUGCUCUCACGUUUAGAAGAAAUGAUGGUAGGACUUAACAACAAUCCCAUGAUGGGACUUCUCUUGCCUGGUUUUAUUAAGUUUUUUGGUAGCAUUGCCAAAAAUGAACCUAAAGAAGUGUUAUCCAAGUUUGAUAGUUUUGUGAGGAUGGUGCUAAGUAGUAUAGAUGGCAAUGAUCCCACUCUUAAAGCAGUUUCUCUUGACACAGUUGGAUUUAUAGCUCUUAAACCAGAAGGAAAAUUAGCACUGGAGAAAAUAGGAAAUCCUAUGACAGAGUGCAUUAGCAGCAUUGGUAGCUUGCUUAAAACUGGUACUUCUGACCUCAAAGUCAGAGCCCUGCAUGCUCUAGCUAAUCUUGUAUAUUUGAAGGUAGAGGAUCAAACAGUAGAGCUACUAUCCCUUACUGAAAAAUGGUUCAAGUCUUGCACUUCAGACUCUUUCAAAACUGUCUGGUCCUUAUCUCAGCAACCAUUUCUGGAUCAUCGUCUGCCUGCAUUGCGCUUGCUUCAAAACCUGGCCAUGCUUCCAUGGGGUCAGUCGUUGAUGAACAAUGCUGCUGGGUUCAAAGAGUAUGCUCUGGACAGAGCUACAGAAAAUAGCAAGGAAGGAAAAGAAGAAAAAUUUUAUUUGAUUGAUAUUUUGGCGCAUUCUCCGACAACAGUGGAAAACUUUGGACGACCGUACCAACUGAAAUUAAUUGAGUAUUAUAAGCAAGGUCCAUUCUUUGUUUUUGCCCAGUCAGAAGUUGCUAUGGAAGGAGAGUAGUGAAAAGAGUUGAGCAGUUCAAAAACAAAUAAUUCCAUAAAGUCCUUUUUUAAAGUGUUCAUUGCAGGUUUGAAAAUUAUAUAAUCAAUUUUUUUUUUACAUUUUAUUAAAUCUUGAUUACUUCUUAGUAUUCUUUGAAGUUGUAUUAAAAUAUAAAUGUUUGUGGAUUUAAGAUCUAUUGUACCUUAACAUAUUCACUCAUAUUGAAAUAAUAAAUGCAAUUUGGAAGUUACUAACAGUUUUUUUUUUACUGUUAUAUAAAAAGAGCUCUUCCUUUCCCUCUUAAGAAGAUUUACUUAGUUUUUUCCAGUGAAAACUGAAUGUAGAUAGCGCUUUCCAUUUUUUUCUACUAAUUUUUCAAUUUAAUGUGCUGAUGUCCCAUUGUAUUAGGCCAAUAUAAAAUUGAGUGUUGAUAUGAGGUUUUUUCUUUUUCUACAGGUAUUGAAAGUAAAAUUAAAUUUAUUGUUCUUUUAAUUUCUUUUCAGUAAUCUCUCUUUGCUUAUGAGUUAAAAACUACUUUUAAAAACCAGAAAUAGGAGUGAAUGGGUUAAAAAUUAUUUAUGUUCAAUGUUAUGUAGAUUUACUUUUUUUUUUGUUUUAAGAGCUUUUUCUACAUGGCUAACAUUAUAUUAAUAAUGUUGAUAUUACUAAAAGACAAUGAAAUAAAAUAAAAAUUGUUACACUUGUUUAAAAAAAUAUAUGAUUUCUGUUUGUAAUAUAAAAUGAUUAAAUGUUUGUACUUAUUCUGAAAA